AUGGCCGGCGAGCAUCAGCAGAGCCAGGGCGCGGCCAAGGCCCUGUCCAAGGGCUCGCCGUCGCCGUCGUUCCGCCUGCGCAACGGCAGCCUGAACGCGGUGCGGCUGCGGCGCGUCUUCGACAUGUUCGACCGCAACGGCGACGGCGAGAUCACGGUGGACGAGCUGGCGCAGGCGCUGGACGCGCUCGGGCUGGAGGCGGACCGCGCCAGCCUGGCCGCCACCGUCGGCGCGCACGUGCCGCCCGGCGCCUCCGGGCUCCGCUUCGAGGACUUCGAGGGCCUCCACCGCGCGCUCGGCGACGCGCUCUUCGGCGCCCUCGCCGACGACGCCGAGGAGGGCGGCGCCGGCGGGCAGGACGAGGAGGAGAUGCGGGAGGCCUUCAAGGUGUUCGACGUCGACGGCGACGGCUUCAUCUCGGCGUCGGAGCUGCAGGAGGUGCUCAAGAAGCUGGGCAUGCCCGAGGCCAGCAGCCUGGCCAACGUCCGGGAGAUGAUCUGCAACGUCGACCGCGACAGCGACGGCCGCGUCGACUUCGGCGAGUUCAAGAUCAUGAUGCAAGGGAUCAACGUCUGA